AUGAAAGUCUUAUUUCUGGUACUUAUACUAUUUACAUGUGUUCCUGAAUUUUGUCAUGCAUUUUCAAUUCAACAAGGAAUUGAUUUUGUUCUAUCAUUAGCACAAAAUAAACCGGUUCAACAAGCAUUCGAUCUGAUUCUAUCACUGACACAAAAUAAACUAAGUUUGUUAGAAAAUUCGAAAUUUGUACAACAACUAUUUGAUAAAUUUAAAUCCGAAUAUCAACGUACGUAUCUGAAUAAACAAGAGCAGCAACAACGGUUAGAACAAUUCAAAGAAACCCUAAAAAGUCUCAUAUUGGCAAAAGUGCAAGAUUUAACAUUCCAGUUAAAAUUGAAUGAGUUUUCUGAUUGGACAAUAGAUGAAUUACAAACACUACGUGGUUAUGUGCCACACAAUGACAGUGAUCGAGACGCGCCUAUAGAUAAACCACAACCGAUACUAGUUGACCAUCGUCGUCGUUCGUCACUAUCUCGUCGUCGUUUAUCACUAUCUCGUCGUGCGUCUUCAUUGCCCGCUAGUUUUGAUUGGACCGGGAGGGUAUUGACAAGCAAUAGUGCUGUUACUGUUACACGUCCUAUUAAAAACCAGGGUCAAUGUGGUUCAUGCUAUGCAUUUGCAACAGUUGCUGUCCUUGAGACCGUAUUUACAUUGCAAUAUCCCGCCUCGUAUGAUUUGAGUGAACAACAAAUUGUGGAUUGUUCUAAAGCGUAUGGUAAUUAUGGUUGUGGUGGUGGUUUUUUUGAAAAGUCAUUUGAUUACUUGAAAGCUAACGCAUGGAAUCUGGAUUCUAGUUCAUCUUAUCCUUAUACUGCGAAUGAUUACUCAUCAUGUAAAGCAAAAAAUUCAGGUGUACGUUUUGCAAAAUUAGCUUAUGGUAUUAUUACAUUUGGGGAUGAAGCAGCCAUGAAAUCUUAUUUGUACAAUUACGGACCAUUGUGGAUUAGUUUCGAUGCGAGUAAUCCAUACUUCAAUAGUUAUGCGUCUAGUGUUUAUUCUGUUUCAAAUUGUGGUACAUUAGAAUCACAAACGAAUCAUGCCAUGGUGAUUGUUGGCUAUGGUACAGAUUCUUCAACCGGCUUAGAUUAUUGGAAAGUCAAAAAUUCGUGGGGAAAGAGCUGGGGUGAACAAGGUUUCAUUCGUGUUCGACGUGGAGUUAAUAUGUGCGGUAUCGCAGCACGAGCAUACUAUAUUGGACUUGCUACAUCUUGA